AUGCUGCUAGCAACGAUUGCGUCAGUCAUUUUUGGUAUUUGUCUUCCAUUUGCUUUGAUAAUAUUUGGUGAUACAGUUGAUUCAUUUAAUGAUCGCGCAGCUCAUCUAUGUUCACUCAAUCUUAGUUCUCUCACUGAAAAAUUUUGCCCAUCGAAUGUAACAUUGACAACAAUUAAUUUCUAUUCAACAAUAUCUUAUAAUCUCAGUGAUCAUACAAAACAUUCCGUUAAGAUGCUAUUAGUGAUUGGUUGUGUUAAUCUUAUAUCGGGUUAUAUUCGAGUUUUACUAUUAGAGAUAACUGCCGAGAGGCAAACUCGUACUAUUCGGAAGAUAUUAUUUCAGUCUAUUCUUUCGAAAGAUCUUUUCUUUUUUGAUACAUAUAAAACUGGCCAACUUAUUUUACAUUUGACCGAUGAUACUCAUAAAAUUCAGGAUGGUAUUGGUAAUAAAUUUGGCUCAGCUAUUGAAAUGGUGACAACUUUAUCAGUUGUACUAUUAUUGAUAUUCAUAUGUAUUAGCUAUGAUAUUUCAAGUUUGGCACAGGCAAGUCCUUUUUUUCAAGCAUUAUAUGAAGCUCGAGUUGCUGCCUAUGGCAUCUGGCAAAUCAUUGAUCAAUCAUCAGAGAUUAAUGCGGAUUUCGACCAAGGUCUUACUAAAUAUGAUCUGAUGGGUGAUAUUCAAUUUUCAAAUGUUUAUUUCUUUUAUCCUGCAAGAUCUAAUGUUCCUAUUCUCACUAAUUUAUCAUUGAAAAUAAAAUAUGGUCAAACUGUUGCUCUUGUUGGUUCAUCUGGAUCGGGAAAAUCAACAUAUGUGCAAUUACUGCAACAAUUCUAUAAUCCACAAUCCGUUUCAAUUUGUAUUGAUGGAACAGAGACGAAAGAAUAUAAUCUGAAAUGGUUACGAGAACACAUUGGUGUUGUCAAUCAAGAACCAGUUUUAUUUCAUAAAACUAUUCGUGAGAAUAUUUUGUUUGGAUUUGAUUUAGGUACUAAUGAACAAAUCCACCAAGCAGCUAAAAUGGCUAAUGCACAUGAUUUCAUCAUGGCUCUUCCUAAUAAAUAUGAAACUCUUGUUGGUGAACGUGGAGCUGCACUUUCCGGCGGACAAAAACAAAAAAUUGCUAUGGCUCGUGCACUUCUUCGUGAUCCAAGAAUUUUACUUCUCGAUGAAGCAACUAGUUCACUUGAUAACGAAAGCGAAAAGAUAGUUCACGAAGCAUUGGAGCGUGCUUCUCAAAAUAGAACAACAUUAGUAAUUGCACAUCGUCUAUCAACAAUUCGUCGUGCUGAUAAAAGCAUUGUAAUGCAAAAAGGAGAAAUAGUUGAAGAAGGUGAUCAUGAAUCAUUGAUGAAUACUCAAGGUCUUUAUUUUAACUUGGCUAAACAACAAAAUCUACGUCAAAUUGAAGAAGUAGAAUCAAAAUUGGAAGACAAAGACAUGAACAAGUUGAUGAUUACUGAUCAACCGAAUGAUAUUUCUAUUGAUGAUUCGUACUAUUUACUGGUUUUUCAACAAUGUGAUAAAAAUGUUCAAAAACGAAAAGUUUUGUUCUAUGUCCUACUUUACGUUGGCUUUGGAGUUAUAAGUUUGGUAUUGCAUUCGGUUCAGGGUUAUGUAUUUGCACGAUCCGGUGAAACGCUCACCAAGCGACUUCGAUCAAAAGCAUUUCAAGCUAUUCUCCGUCAAGACAUGACUUUUUUCGACCGAGAAGAAAAUAGUACCGGUGCACUAUGUACACGUCUUGCCACUGAAGCUUCAGCUGUGCAAGUGGUGUACGAUUUGGUUUAA